AUGAGCAUCACACGAAAAAGUCUUACAGAAGGUAAAGGACCUAUCAAUCGUAUUAUUCGUGUUGAAAUUAUUUCUGGUGAAAAUUUAUUUCCCGUAGCAAUGACAUCAGGAGAGUCGUAUGGAAAAAGAAUAAAUAUUAAUCAAUUACUUCCAUUUAAUACAAAUCAUAUUAAAUCAUUUGAAUUAGAACCUAUUGAAGAAAAAGUAUCAUUACAUUCAGAAAUAUCUACACCAGUUACUGGAAUUGUUUCACCUGAAAAUAUAAUAGUUCCAAGUACACAAAUAUCACAAACAAAUAUAACAAAUUCUAUGACAUUAUUAAGAUUAGAAAAAACACAACAAUUUACAACAAUUUCAGCACCAUUACCAUCUUCAACUCCAAUUAAAAUGACACCAAUGAAAAAAAAAAUGAGUCCAUCAAAAUUAGCAACAAAAAUAUCAAGUGAAUAUCAAUGUCAUCGUAUUAUUCAACCAGAUCCAUUAAUGAAAAGAAUUUCAAAACCAAAAAUUACAGUUUCAUUAUAUUUAUUUCCAGAAGUUGAUCCAAAAACAGAAAAAUCAUAUAAAACACUUCCAUUACAUAGUGCAGUUGAAAGAUCAGAUUUAUAUAAAAUAUUAACAUUACUUGAAAGUGGAAAAGUUGAUGUAAAUGCACAAGAUGAACAAGGAAAUACAGCACUUCAUAUUGCUAGUUAUGAAUCAUAUAAUGAACAUAUUAUAUUAGCAUUAUUAAAAAAUGCACCAACUAUUGAUGUAAAUAAAGAAAAUUUAGAUAAAAAUACACCAUUUCAUUUCUUUUGUAAAAAUUUUUCAAAUCCAAAUUGUCAAGAAGCAAUGGAAUUAUUUUUUAGACAUGGAGUUAAUUUAGAAGCACAAAAUAAAAAUUUAGAAACAGCACUUCAUACAGUUGUUAGAAAUAAUUCAAUUAGAAUGUUAUUAGUUAGUAAAUUAUUAGAAAGAGGAGUUGAUGUAAAUGCUGCAACAAAUAGACAAUCAACUGCAUUACAUUAUGCAAUUCAUAAUGAAAGAACAGAUUUAUUAUCAAUUUUAUUAGAACAUAAAGCAAAAUUAGAUCUUCCAGAUGAUCAUGGACAAACACCAUUUAUGUUAGCUAAAACAAAAUCAGAAAGAUAUUUUAAAACAGUAAAUGAUUUUAAAGAAUUAAUUGAUUAUCUCAUUGAGAUUAAAGCAUCAGAUAAUGCAAUUGCUAUGUUAGUUAAAAAUAAAAUGUUUAAAUAUAAAUUAAGAAAUCAAACACCUAAAACUCUUGAAAAAAUUGGAAUUUUAUCAUCAGUUGAACGUAUUGCAUUAAUUCAAAAAUUUAAAUUAUUACCAAAUGUUCCUGAAGUAAAAGAAAUAACAGAAAAUGAAAAUGAACAAGAAGAAAGAAAAAAAUUACUUGAAUUAAUUGAACAAGGUAAAUUUGUAAUUGAACCAAAAGAAAUAGAAUUUCUUGCAAAUAUUGGUUCAGGAGCAUCAGGAAUUGUUUAUACUGCAAAAUAUAAAAAUGUUACUGUUGCUGUUAAAACAUUAAAAGCUACAAAUAUGGAAGAAGUUAAAGAAUUUCAACAAGAAUAUGGAGUAUUAAGUAAAUUACAACAUGAAAAUAUUGUUAGAUUUUAUGGUGUUAUUGUAAAAAAACAAUUUUCAAUGGUAAUGGAAUAUUGUUCUAAAGGAAGUUUAUAUGAUAUUAUUUCUAAAAAAGAAAAUUCAAUUACUUGGGAAACUGUUUUUGAUUAUGCUGAACAAAUUGCAUUAGGAAUGGAUUAUCUUCAUUCAAGAACUCCACAAAUAUUACAUAGAGAUUUAAAAUCUUUAAAUAUUUUAGUAACAAUGGAAACUAUUCAAGAAAAUGGAAAUUCAAUUGAAAUAGAACGUUUAAAAAUUUGUGAUUUUGGAUUAUCUCGUUUUGAUUCUGAAAUAACUACUUCUACAAAAGAUAGAGGUACUUAUGCUUAUUGUGCUCCUGAAGUUUAUUAUAAUCAACGAUAUACUACUCAAUCUGAUGUUUAUAGUUAUGGAAUUAUUUUAUGGGAAUUAAUUUAUAGAGUUAUUUAUCAAAAAUAUCAACGUCCUUUUCAAGAAUUCCCUGAACUUACUAUGGACCUUCAAAUUAUUAUUCAAUCUGCUACUUGUGAUCUUAGACCAACUAUUCCUCCUUCUACUCCUCAAAAAAUGGCAACUUUAAUUAGACAAUGUGUUAUGAAAGAACAAGAAAAUAGACCUAAAUCUGGAAUGAUUUUAACUGCUUUACAAGAAAUGAAAAAAGAUUUUAAAUCAAAUCCUCAAUUAUGGAACGCUUCAAUUAUUCAACAAAAUUAA